AUGAAUGUCAUGAAGUCAUUCCGAGAAAUAUUAGCAAAUGCGAAAAAUGUAUUAAUAUUAACUGGUAGCGGAGUUUCUGCAGAAUCUGGUAUUCCUACAUUCCGGGGUGCUGGUGGAUUUUGGAGAAAAUAUCAAGCCCCAAAUCUUGCAACUCCAGAAGCUUUUGCUGCAAAUCCUUCUUUAGUUUGGGAGUUUUACGAAUAUCGUAGAACAGUAGCCAGUCAAGUCAAACCUAACAAGGCUCAUGAAGCAAUAGCAGCUUUCCAAGAGAGUAGUUUAAAAAAUGGUAAAAAUGUUACUAUUAUAACACAAAACAUUGAUGAACUUCAUCAAAGAGCUGGAGCAAAAGAUGUGAUAGAGCUUCAUGGUUCACUUUAUAAAACUCGUUGUACAGUUUGUCAUGAUGUUUCUGUAAAUAAAAAUAUUCCAAUAUGUCCUGCACUAGAGGGAAAAGGAUCUCCAGAUCCAAAUAUUAUGACGUCUGAUAUUCCAAAAGAACAAUUACCAAGAUGUCAAAAAGAAAAUUGUAAUGGUUUGUUAAGACCACACAUUGUAUGGUUUGGUGAAAAUUUAGAUGAAAAUGUACUUCAACAGGCUUUUAAUGCAGUCGAAACGUGUGACGUUUGUUUGGUUAUUGGUACAUCAUCCGUUGUAUAUCCUGCGGCAAUGUUUGCGCCAGAAGUAGCAAAUCGCGGUAUUCCUGUUGCCGAGUUUAAUUUAGAAAUGACUCCAGCUUCAAGACACUUUCAGUAAGUUAAGUUUCCCAAUCUUCUAAAUAUUUUUUACAUGCAAUAGUCUUAUAGUUCAUAUAAAAAAUAUAAAAUUUGAUCAUUUUUAAAAGU